AUGGAUUUUACUGAGGCGGAACGAUUGCUGAGAAAGUGCAUGGAUAAGGACGAUUGUCCAGCUGAGGCGUAUUUACUUAUGGCUCAGGUUCAUCUUCAUAAAAACAACUAUGAAGAAUCGCGUAAAUCACUUGAUGUUGGACUGAGUUAUAAUUUCAAAGUGCGCGAGCACCCACUGUAUCACCUAAUACGGGCAAAAUUGCUGAAACAGUCAAAACAAAUUGACGCAUCCAUUCAAACACUACAAAAAGCAAUUGAAUUGCCAAGUUUCAAAGCUGAGCAGUCUAAAAAGCGCGAAAAACUGGAACUGGUUGAUACAGAUCGUAUUGCUAUUUAUUUGGAACUAAUGGACUCAUAUCAACAACUUAACCAAGUCGUAUGUUUUAGUAAAUGUUAA